UUAAUUUUGGCAAGGAUACGAUGGUGUCAUCAACUACAAUAUAAAUAUCUCACCUUUUUUUAUUGUUAACAUGAUGAAGUUAUGGAAAUUUAGUUGAUGGUUGUAAAAGUGUCAUGAUGAUCCAUCAGUGUUCUCCAGUGCACUCCGUUAACCCAUAUUCUUCUUUAAACAUGCAUUAACAAAUUCUCAUUUCUAAAUUGCAAGUGUUGUAUUACUUCUCUGAUAAUCAUAAUUAACAUUGAUCACCAUGUACUCCUGUCCUCCUAUGCCACCUCCACCCUGUCCUCCACCAUGUCCACCUCCUCAGCCAUCGUCUGGGGAUUCUUCCUCAAAAUAUUACCGAGAAAUUGGAACAGCCAUGAUUGGUAACCAACUGAUAAUUCGUAUAGAAAGAGACAAGUCGAAAUCGAAGAGAAAUCGAGACUGGGAUCCUCCUUGCGAUUGUGAUGUGAUUGAGAUCCAGAGACCAACGAAUAAAGAAGGACCAAAGAUACUGAAAGGUGGCAAUAACAAUAGAAUCGUGUUUCGUAUACAAUCAAAGUCACAAAUUUCGAAAAAAACUGAUAACGAUGACAAGGCUCAAGCCAUUACUUACGAGAUGGGUCGGUGCAGUGGUGGUCCCAACACUAAUGAUCAGUGUAGAACCUUCACUAUUUAUCCUGUGAUGAAUAGUUCAACAAACGCGCAGGAAGUACAUACAGAUCGUGUUACUGAAGGAAAUGAAAAUGUGUUCAUGUUGAAAGUGAAGAAGAAGACAGAUUCCAUCGAGGAGCCGAAGAACAACAUCGAAGUAGAGGUUCGAACACCGAAACCUCCAACUCCGCCAUCAACGUGACCAGGAUCAAUGCAAUCUGGAAGAUUUAUCAGUAGAAUCUGCAUCUUUAAAAAAAAGUCAGAAGAAAGAAAAUGAAAUUAAUUGAAAACAAAUAUAAUCUCUUUCCAUUGUCAUUAAAUUUUCAAGGCAACAUAUUAACGUCGUAAAUAUGUAUAUCUUAUCAAGGUGUUUUGUUUAUUUCAUUUAUUUUCAGAAAUGAACUGCGUCAGUUCUUUUCAAACAAUUGUUUUACAUAGUAUACCUAAUAAAGAGUCGCCAGGAACCA